AUGUCGGACAGAGAAGAUUACGAUUCGGACGCCCCCGAGGAGUUCACAGCCGAGCAGGGAAUACAACAAGACGAAGAACUAAGUAAGGUCCAGAAAGAGAAUAAAGCGAGGGUGGUUCGCGAAGGAAAAGAACGUCGUAGACAAUGGGCCCAAAGGAAAACACCAAAGAAAACACCACAGCCGUCUGCUGGAGUUGAAAGUGUUCAAGAUGCCCCUGAAACUGAAACACACCAAGAAUCUUUGGGUAGUGCAGGGAUGCUUCCAAGCAACAUUGUUGAAUUGCUUGCAGCUCGUGAGAAACAAGUGUUCCACUCAGACUCUGAGGAUGAGAAUACUGACUCAAAGUCCACUAAGAAAAAGAAAAGGCUAAAAAGCUCAGGGGUUGAUACUGUUAUUUUGAAGGAGACACCUGCUCCAAAAUGCUUACAGAAUUCCUUGGCGUUCUUGGAGAAAAGGAAAAUGCAGGUGUCUAGAUCACAUGCAGUGUUGAACAACUCCAACCAAGCCUUACGCUUCCUCUCUUCUUCUGGCUUGUUGAGUAAAAACGUGACGAGCUAA